UUCUGGAUAUCUUACAGGGAAAAAUCGCUGCUUUUUUUUUCUGGUGAUCAGACUGAAGCAUUACAUCUCUGUGAUCUUCUGGAGAAGGCUUCUGUUGCGGAUUUGGAGAAGGUGCACACGGAGUACCGCGAGCGACUCUUCUUCCUUAGCGAACACGAAGUCGGAUCUCUCCUUCUGAUGAAGUUCUGUGCAAGGAUCAGUGAUCUCAAUCUCGAGGAACCUAAUAUUCUACUCUUUGAUGAUCAUAUCGCCGACUUAGAGAGGAUGAAGAUGACUUUGCUCAAUGGCAUUGGAUCCAAGGCGCUGAUGAACAUUGUUCAUGUAUGUAACAAAGAUGAAGUUUUCGCCAUGCUCCUCAAACGAACAGUCCAUAUAGACAUCAUGAAAGAAUCUAUGGAUGUUAGACCUCUCUUCAGUUCUCUAUUUCGGACUCUUAACGUUCGUCAGCUUGAGGACUGUUCUUUGGGAAUUAUGUCUUACAAUCAGCUGUGAGAAGACGCUCUGUUUUGAAUGCUGUGCAGUGCAGAGAACUCAUUUCUGAGAUAUUGAGCAGGAGAAACGAGUUAGAGACUCAUCACUCUGCCAGAUAGGUUGUGAAGACAUGCGAUUAUGUUCUAAUGAAGAUGCGAGUCUAGAAGAAUCCACCAAUAUGUACAAAGACUUAUACAUAUUCUUGCUUUGUUGUUACCUAACCUCUUUGCCAAAGAGUUGUUUGUCUAGAUGCCUUUAUCUUCUAUUGAGGAUGAGAGGAUUGAUAGUAGAAUUUGAUUCUGGAGGCUCUCUUUGAAGUUUAUCCGAACAAAUGUACAAAGAGAUACAUAUUGUUUCUUAUAAUUGCCUUUUGUACACUCCAUUGAUAUCUCGGUACAUUCCUUUGUUGACUUGUCUUUUGUAAAUUCCAUUGGUUCAUUCAUUCUUUGGU